AGGAAGUGUAGUUGCCAUCGUGUUCCGUGACGCUCGUGCGGUAAAGUUGAGGGUGGCAAGUCAUCAUACGGUUACUCAGGGGCCGGAGAGGCGUUCAACAAGUUUCACACGUUAUUUCUUUCGGAUAAGAAACGGAUUUGUAGUGACCGGCCGGGGACAGAGACACCGGGAACAUGGCUGCUCUCUCAGCCUGGUUUUGGAACGAGCGCUUCUGGCUGCCGCACAACGUAACCUGGGCGGAUCUGGCAGAUCCAGCACCCGGGGUGGAGUACCCUAAAGCUGGACACUUGCUCAAUGCCUUGCCGCUGGCUCUGGGAAUUUUCGCUGUGAGGAUAUUCUUUGAGAGAUUUAUUGCCAGCGCCUGCGCCCGGAGCCUCCACAUUCAGCCAGGUGUUGGACGAAGAGCUCAGCCCAAUGCAGUGCUGGAGAAAGUGUUUACAUCCAUCACAAAGAAUCCAGACUCUCGUCAUCUGGAUGGCCUGUCCAAGCAGCUGGAUUGGGAGGUGCGAAAGGUUCAGCGCUGGUUCAGACACCGCAGGAACCAAGAUAAACCCAGCACACACACUAAGUUCUGCGAGAGCAUGUGGAGGUUUACAUUUUAUUUGUGCAUAUUUACUUAUGGGUUCCAGUUUGUGUGGCAGUCUCCUUGGAUGUGGGAUACACGGCAUUGCUGGUACGGUUACCCCUAUCAGGUCAUGACACCGGGGCUUUACCACUACUAUGUGACAGAACUAGCCUUCUACUGGUCACUCAUGUUCUCCCAGUUCACCGACAUUAAAAGGAAGGAUUUCCUGAUCAUGUUCAUCCAUCACCUGGCUACAGUGGGCCUGAUCAGUUUUUCUUACGUCAACAACAUGGUGCGAGUAGGAAGCCUGGUGAUGUGUGUGCAUGACGCCUCUGACUUCCUGCUAGAGGCAGCCAAGCUGGCCAACUAUGCCAAGUACCAGCGCUUGUGUGACUUCCUCUUCAUUGUGUUUAGUGUGGCGUUCUUUAUCACACGGCUUGUUAUAUUUCCAGUAUGGAUCCUGAACUCCACUAUGUUUGAGAGCUGGGCUAUAGUUGGGCCGUAUCCAUCCUGGUGGCUCUUCAACUUCUUACUGCUGGUCCUCCAAGUCCUGCAUAUCAUCUGGUCCUACCUCAUAGCCCGUAUAGCUCUCAAAGCCAUGCUGCGGGGCAAGGUGUGCAACGACGUCCGCAGUGACAUUGAGACCAGCUCAGAAGAAGAGCCCGACACGCCCAAAGACGGCCUCAAGACUUCUUCUCAUACUACCAAAGGAGAAAACGGCACCAACGGCCACUGUGCUGCCGCCAAAACCAGAGUGCAGAACCACAGCAGCUGGUGACACAGAGGCUGAAGAUGUGAGCCCCCCCCCUGCAGUUCGUCCCUCACAACGUCUCAAGAGAGCUCUCAUUCGUCUCAUGACAUUCCUUUGACGUGCAAGAGCUCAUUCACAAACACACACACACACACACGUCCUAUCACACAUUACACUGACAGUGAGUGCGCACAGAUUCAUAUGUUGGUGGACUGAUGACGGACUUGCAGACACUAACAACUUGCUUACAGGAGACCUGUAACGACCUGUACGACACACAACUCAAGAGGUGACAUGUAAAAGCUGAAAUGAUAUGGAAAUCAGUUGAAGCAAGUCCUUUACAUAGUAUAAUACACUCUUUCAAAUGAUGGGAUUUAUUUUUGUGCGGAGUUUUGCUGCAGAUGUUGGUUUCAAUGUUCUCUCCCAGUUUUAUUGGUCAGAUGAACUUGAGUUUUGUUUGUUUUAUUUUCCAAAGGUUCAUUCACACUGGAUCUCAUAGGGCAGAAAACUGCUGCGCCACUUUCUGUUGGAUCUGACUCUAAAGCAUUCGGACAGCAUCGCAAUCAGUGAUAUCACACAGCGGGUGUUAUACAUGGAAGUGACUGUAUUAUGUUAUAGCUGUGGUUUUAUCAGCUCUUAAAGGCAGCUGCUAUGAACACCUGUGUGAGACCAGAAGUGAAACACGCUUUAAAAAUUAUACAACAGAAGUGGUUUCUGCUCUUUGCAAUUUAGUGUGGAUUUAUUCUUUAACCACAUUGUUUGGCUAUUUGUGACUUGUUUAGUUGUGUUUUACUGUUUUUUACUACUCCUUCUGAGACCAAAUGUUUAAGAAAUUGUUUGUCACUGCCUAUAGAGGAAUCCAGGUAUGAGGACUAUACUAAUUGUCCAGUAUCAUGUUCUCACUUGAGUGCCUUGUAAAAAAUGUGUUUCCAAAUAUAUUCUGUUGUUGAAA